AAACUUGGCGGUUAAAUAUCCGGUUAGGACAGGGCAGCGGGAAGACCAGGGAAGGUACGUUUAGUUUGGCGAGCGAAGGGGAUACACCUUAGGAACUGCCUUUCCCGGUGCCCUGGGGCUGUGGGUCUUUGCCGACGCCUCCACCGGGGGUUUCCUUUCCAUUUAGAGGACACGUCGCCGUUUUUAGAGUAUCGGGCUGCCGGGCCGUCUUGUGUUCGCCAAAUCCGAGGGAGAGUGACCUUCCAGCGGCUGCGACCCUGCUGAGAGAAGGGGCUGCCUCACCGACGCUGAGAGACGGUGCUGAGGUAGGAUCAUGACUGAAGAGGUGAAGGGAAUUCCUGUAAGAGUGGCAUUACGAUGUCGCCCUCUGGUUCCCAAAGAGAUUAGCGAGGGCUGUCAGACGUGCCUUUCCUUUGUACCCGGAGAACCACAGGUGGUGGUUGGUACUGACAAAUCCUUCACCUAUGACUUUGUGUUUGACCCUUCUGCUGAGCAGGAGGAAGUCUUCAAUACAGCAGUAGCACCACUCAUAAAAGACAUAUUUAAAGGUUAUAAUGCAACCAUCCUGGCCUAUGGGCAAACUGGCUCUGGAAAAACCUAUUCAAUGGGAAGUGCAUACACUACAGAUCAAGAGAAUGAACCAACAGUUGGGGUCAUCCCUAGGGUAAUACGACUGCUCUUCAAAGAAAUUGAUAAGAAGAGUGACUUUGAAUUUACUCUGAAAGUCUCAUACUUAGAGAUUUACAAUGAAGAAAUCUUGGAUCUUCUAUGCUCAUCUCGUGAGAAAGCCUCUCAAAUAAAUAUACGAGAAGAUCCUAAGGAAGGCAUAAAGAUUGUGGGACUCACUGAGAAGAAUGUUUUAGUUGCCCAAGAUACUGUUUCCUGUUUGGAACAGGGCAACAACUGUAGGACUGUGGCCUCCACAGCUAUGAACUCCCAGUCAUCCCGAUCUCAUGCCAUCUUUACAAUCUGCAUAGAGCAAAGAAAGAAAAGUGACAAGAGUAGCAGCUUUCGCUCCAAGCUGCAUCUUGUAGACCUUGCUGGAUCAGAAAGACAAAAGAAAACCAAGGCUGAAGGGGAUCGUUUAAAAGAGGGUAUUAAUAUUAACAGAGGCCUCCUAUGCUUGGGGAAUGUGAUCAGUGCUCUUGGAGAUGACAAAAAGAGUGGCUUUGUGCCCUAUAGAGAUUCCAAGUUGACUCGACUGCUUCAAGAUUCUCUAGGAGGUAAUAGCCACACUCUUAUGAUAGCCUGUGUGAGUCCUGCUGACUCCAAUCUAGAAGAAACAUUAAAUACCCUUCGCUAUGCUGACAGAGCAAGAAAAAUCAAGAACAAACCUAUUGUUAAUAUUGAUCCCCGGACAGCUGAACUUAAUCAUCUGAAGCAACAGGUACAGCAGCUACAGGUCUUGUUGCUACAAGCCCAUGGAGGUACCUUGCCUGGAUCUAUAAAUGUGCAACCAUCAGAGAAUCUACAGUCUUUGAUGGAGAAGAAUCAGUCCCUGGUGGAGGAGAAUGAAAAAUUAAGUCGUGGUCUGAGUGAGGCAGUUGGUCAGACAUCUCAGCUAUUGGAGAGGAUCAUUUUGACAGAACAAGCAAAUGAAAAAAUGAAUGCCAAGCUAGAAGAACUCAAGCAGCAUGCAGCCUGCAAAGUGGACCUUCAAAAGCUAGCAGGAAAUUUGGAAGACCAGGAAUUAAAAGAAAAUGUAGAGAAAAUUUGUAACCUGCAGCAACUGAUUAAUCAGAUAUCGGAUGAAACUGUUGCUUGCAUGGCUGCAGCCAUUGAUGCUGGAAUGGAUCCAGAAGCUAAAGUGGAAACCUGUCUACAGACAAGCAGAUCUUCUGAUGGAUUCACCACUCAACAUGUUCUCCGUCAAGCUCAGAUGUCUAAGGAGCUGGUUGAGUUGAAUAAAGCCCUUGCACUGAAAGAGGCUCUAGCCAGGAAGAUGACUCAAGAUGACAGCCAAUUACAACCAAUUCAGUUCCAGUACCAGGAUAACAUAAAAAAUCUAGAAUUGGAAGUCAUCAAUCUACAGAAGGAAAAGGAAGAAUUGGUUCUUGAACUUCAGACAACAAAAAAGGAUAUCAACCAAGCCAAGUUGAGUGAGCGCCGCCGCAAACGUCUCCAGGAGCUAGAGGGUCAAAUAGCUGAUCUAAAGAAGAAACUGAAUGAACAGUCCAAACUUCUGAAGCUGAAAGAAUCCACAGAGUGUACCAUCUCCAAACUGAACCAGGAGAUACGGGUGAUGAAAAAUCAACGGGUACAGUUAAUGCGUCAGAUGAAAGAGGAUGCUGAGAAAUUUAGACAAUGGAAGCAACAAAAAGACAAAGAAGUAAUCCAAUUAAAAGAACGGGACCGAAAGAGGCAAUAUGAACUGCUCAAACUCGAAAGAAACUUCCAGAAACAGUCUAAUGUGCUUAGACGUAAAACUGAAGAGGCAGCAGCUGCCAACAAGAGGCUCAAGGAUGCUCUCCAAAAACAACGGGAGGUCGCAGAUAAGCGGAAAGAGAAUCAGAGCCGUGAAAUGGGAGGCACUGCAGCUCGAGUGAAGAGUUGGCUUGGAAAUGAAAUUGAGGUUAUGGUCAGUACUGAGGAAGCCAAACGCCAUCUGAAUGACCUUCUUGAAGAUAGAAAGAUCCUGGCUCAGGAUCUGGCUCAACUCAAAGAACAAAAGCAAUCUGGGGAGAAUCUACCUUCUAAAUUCCGGAGGCGCACAUUCUCAGUUGCUGAACUUCAUGGUCAAGUUUCUGAAUCAGAGGAUUCCAUUACAAAGCAGAUUGAAAGCCUAGAGACUGAAAUAGAACUCAGGAGUGCUCAGAUUGCUGACCUGCAGCAGAAGCUACUGGAUGCAGAAAGUGAAGACAGGCCAAAACAUCGCUGGGAGAAUAUUGCUACCAUUUUGGAAGCCAAGUGUGCCAUGAAAUAUUUAAUUGGAGAGCUGGUCUCCUCCAAGAUUCAGGUUAGCAAACUUGAAAGCAAUCUGAAACAGAACAAGGCCAGCUGUGCUGACAUGCAGAAGAUGCUGUUUGAGGAACGAAAUAAUAUUGCUGAAAAAGAGACAGAGUUACAGGCAGAGCUAUUCAGAAUGGAGCAACAGCAUCAAGAGAAGGUGCUGUACCUUCUCAACCAGUUGCAGCAAAGCCAGAUGGCAGAGAAGCAGCCAGAAGUGUCAGUCAAUGAAAAGAAACAACAGCUGCGGAACACACUGAAGUGUCAGGAAGAAGAACUUGAGAAGAUGCAAGAAGUGUAUAUGCAAAAUAAGCAGCUUCUCCGAGAGAAUGAAAUCAUAAAACAGCCAAGACCUUCCCAUUUUAAAGAAAAGUUCCUGGAGCAAAGCAUGGACAUCGAUGAUCUAAAAUAUUAUUCAGAGCAUUCUGUGAAUGAGCCUGAAGAUGGUGAUAUUGACGAUGGGGAUGAUGAGGAAUGGAAGCCAACAAAAUUACUUAAGAUACCCAAGAGGAACGCCCAAGUGUGUUCCUGCAAGGGCUGGUGUGGGAAUAAGCAGUGUGGGUGCAGGAGACAGAAGUUGAACUGUGGCGUGGACUGUAGCUGUGACCCCACAAAGUGUAGGAACCGUCAGCAAGACAAGGAAAGCUUGGGAACUGUUGAGAGGACCCAGGAUUCCGAAGGUUCCUUCCAACUGGAGGAUCCCACAGAAGUGACCCCAGGAUUAAGCUUCUUCAACCCUGUCUGUGCCACUCCAAGCAGCAAGAUCCUGAAAGAUAUGUGUGAAGUGAAGCAGGUUCUGUUCAAGACUUCUUCAGACACCUCCUCCCUUGGCCUCCCAGAGUUGAAACAUGUAGCCACAGAAUCCCAAGAAAAUAAAGCUCCAGGGAGGAAAAAGAAACGAGCUCUGGCCAGCAAUGUCAGCUUCUUCUCUGGCCGCUCCCCUAUUGAAGAAGCCCCCUGAAGUUGGACUCAUCUCUGCCCCAGUCUGGCUUGUAAGACGCCUCUGGUUGCAGCCAGUGGAGGUUUUUUAAUGGCUCCUCUAGAUUUCACGUUUCUUGCUGUUGAUAAAACGGACAGCAUGUUACUGAAAAGGAAGGGAUUGUUUUGGCUCUCAGUCCUCACUCUCUAGCCCUCCAGUCCCAGAUUACUGAUUGCUCUCUCCUCUCUAGAAGGGUGCUAAGUCGCCUGCUGAAGACAGAACCAGCUGAUCUCCUGCUGACUCUUUGGGAACCAAUUCCCAGCACAGUCUAGCUCUUCCUGAUUUGCCAACAGUUCAGGCUGCCUCCCAGGGCUGUCUUAUCUCUAGGCUCUCUCAGCUUCAUGACAGAGCCUGACCUGGGUGGAAUACCUGACACCCAUCUUUCAACCCACCUCAGGACGGGGCUCUCCAUGGUGCUGAGGUAAAGGAAAUCUUUAAGGUGUUAAUGUUUUUUUUUAAAGAAAUAAAGCUUAGUGCUUCUAUUGUUUGGAAAGAUCCUUCCAUGCUAUACUUUCAACCCGUGUUCCUCUGCCCCUGGGAACGCCAGGCAAGUAGCCAGGUCCCUCUGCCUUGUCAUGGCCCCUGUUCCCCGAGGGCCAUAUGGAGCAGAACAUCACGUCUUCACGUCACUCUGCUACCUCAGGAAAUUGGAAGAAAACUAGCAAGGCCAGUGGCUCGAUCUCCACUGUAUAGCCUGCCCAGCCUCUAGAUUUACGAGGAAGGGACAUAUUUACUAGGUAUCCCCAUGCACCUGCCACCAUUUUAUUUGAAGUCACAAAGUAAGUGAGUAAUAGAGCUAGAACUUGAACCCAGGUCUAACACCAAAGCUUCUUAAGAGUGGCAGUGGUGGCAAUCCCUACAGUCCUGCAUCCUGACUUCCUACAUGAGCAUGGGCGUGGGGCCACACUGCUGCCUGCUUUCUCCUUUGAAAGGGGAGCAGAGGGGUGUGGCUUACUCCUUAUUGAGCAUCAGAAUUCUCCAUCUCUGCUUAAAACUGCAAAGGGGCCAGCCCUAAAAUGCCAAACACGGGUUGCUGACUGGCCUUACAGCCUUUUGAAGAGUUUUCAAGGCCUGGGCCUCUCAUAUUCAUGCAUUCUGAAUCCCAGCCUUCCCCUCCCCUCCCCCACUCCCCCAGUAAAAGCUUCCAGAGCACCCUCCAGAACUCAGCACAUGAAAGCCCAGACUCCUUUAAAAUCCAUCAGAGGCAAGCAAAGGAAACUGAAGGACGACCUGCUGGGAAUGAAGCCUGCAAGAGGACUUAACUGCCCUGCAGCCCUCCCUGGCCUUCUGCCAGCAGGCAGCCCUACUUCUCUGCAUUUUAAUGUUCAGGAAGCUAGAGAGCCUCUUCCAUUGCUAACUAGAGGCCCUGGAUACAAUGGGAAGGCAGCGAGGGAGGAGGGCUGUCUCUUGGCAUAAGAGUGCCAGUCGUCUCUCCCAAACCCAGUGUGUGUGGGAGGCUGGGUAAGCAAGCUAUCACCAGAGAGGCAUCCUUUCCCACCAACACUGCAUUAACCCACGGGCUUUGAGCCAUCACAUCAUAGAGGGAAGGUCAGUCCCACCCAGAGCCCUACAUUUUCGCGCUGAGCUAACUACAAGUGCUAGACAGUGCUGUCUGUUGAUGGUGUAGUAACAGUACUUUUGUACGUUGUGGACAAAAAAAGGGCCACAUAGUAAACCUGACAAGCUCAAAGGAGGCCUGCAUGGUGGCCUUACAGACUCAGAGACUUACAGUAACCACAUCGGAUGGUCUGAACAUAAAAAUUUCUAACUAAAUCCAGUUUAUGGGGGGAGUCACAUGCUAGGCCUGUAUAUCUUCUUUGACAUAGUUCAGUCUUUACCCUAAGUGAGGCGGUAUAUUGUCUUUUUGCAUCUAAGAUAACAUACCCUUGGAAUGUCAGAGUAAUCUCAUCCAGAUCCUUCAGGGCACACCAGAACAGAGACUAUGAACCCUUCGUUGUUAUCUUAUUGCCUAAAUACCAUCUCUAUGUGUUGUAAAUGCUAACUAUCUUAUACCCACCAAUGUAAAAGAUGUCUGAGUCUCUCCAUUUCACUCUUUAUCCAAUCUUAGAGAUUUUCCUUCUUUUCUUUCUCCUGACCCCUUAAUCUACCACCAAUGGAUUUCAUGUAACCCUCCUUAAGUCUCCUCCUUUGAUUGUAGUAUAUAAACCAGGCUGUGAAAGUGCCAUUCUCCGGAGCAUCUUCUCAACCCCUUCAGAUUUUGCUUCCCAACAAUUGUCCGUUUGGCUCAAAUAAACUCAUAAAAAUUA